GAAACCGCACCCAAAUGAUAAAGCUUAUCCUUUUCCACCACCACCACAGCAGUUUAUUAUCCUUUGACGGCCCAUCUCACUCGUUUUUUGGGGAGCAGCAGAGAGGGAGAGAAAUGGUCUUCUUCUUCUUAUGAAUUGUGAUGCUCCAUCGAUUCCACGUUGUUUACUUUACAACGAGGCAGUGGUUCGCGUCGAGCUUUUGGAGCUCCGAUUCCCUUUUACAAAUGGGUUAGAAACACUGCCAUUUGCUCUCUUUCUUAUACACCGUCGUCUCUCUCCUCAUUGCCUCUUUCUCUCUACAAAACCCAUUCUCUCUCUCUCUUCAUGGGAGUCUGUGUUAUCACAGAGUCACGAAUUCAGAGGGGCGCUUACUUCAAGUUUCUUGCUCUGAUCUUCUCCGGCCUCUGGUAAUAAAUACGCCUCUCUUUCUCUCUCUCUAAGGUUACUGCCCACCCAAAACAGAGAGCUCCCAUGUACUGUCCUAGUCUUGUUGGGCGAUAAGAGCCCAAUUCUCUCUCUCUCUCUACCCUCCAGAAAAAUAGUUGCUAUUUCUUCAGCUUCAUGAAAUGGGAUAAUUAAUUACCCAAUUCCUCUCUCUCUCUCUCUCUCUCUCUCUCUCAACCAUGGCCUCACCAGAAUACCAGCAAAUCUGGGUCCCUGAUAUGAAUAACACGGACUGCACUCAAGGCUUUUGCAGUUUCUAUUGCCCACAAUGGUGUUACAUAAUCUUUCCUCCUCCCCCACCUUUUGGUUUUCCAACUGAUCAAUCUGACCCCAAUUUCUCUCCUCUGGUUAUCGCCAUUAUAGGAAUCCUUGCAAGUGCUUUCCUCCUUGUUGGGUACUAUACCGUUGUUGCUAAAUACUGUGGAAAUUGGGAUUCUUUUCGAAAUAGAAACCGCAACAAUGGUGACCAUGAUUUCUCAGACAAUGCAAACCCGCCUCAAAAUGAUCAUUGGCAUGGUUCUAAUACUUUGGGUUUAGAAGAACAACUGAUAAAGUCGAUAACUUUGUGCAAAUAUAAGAGAGGAGAUGGAUUAAUAGAAGGAACGGAUUGCUCUGUUUGUCUAAGUGAGUUUCAGGAAGAUGAGAGCGUAAGAUUGUUACCAAAGUGCAGCCAUGCUUUUCAUGUUUAUUGUAUUGAUACGUGGUUGAGAUCGCAUUCGAAUUGCCCUCUUUGUAGAGCAAAUAUUGUACCUGCUCCCCUUCCUGUGCAAAUUCAGGCACCUCAACCUCUGGUUCCACCAGAAGAGCCUCUAAUUCCGUUAACUUCUCAGGAAAACUCGCAGGAAAAUGAAGAAUUUGCGAUUUCGGUUUCGGAAGAUGGAUUGUCUUCGGUUCCUGAGAAUUCACCUGUACUUGCAGGGGAAAGCCAUGAUAGAGAUGGGGAUGAAGUUGGGUUCUCAAGAAAUGUUUGUUCUCGAGCGCUGAGCGACUUGGGGCAGGAAGAUACAGUAAUUGAGAUAAGGGAAUUGGAGAGAGAGCCAAUUAGGCGAUCAGUUUCUAUGGAUUCGAGAGUUUGUCUCUCUAUUGCUGAUAUUUUGGCAUUCAAUUUAGACUCUGGAAGUGAAUCCAGUGGUGUUUUUCCUGCUAAGGAUUACCCGGAUCCAUCAGUUGCAGAGUCCUCAAAGGGAUUUGAAGGAGAGAAGGGUGACAAUAAAGUUUGCAGAGAGGCUUCUGGGCGUAGGUUAUUGCAUACAGUGAAGGGUCCUCCUGCUAUGAAGAGAUCAUUUUCAGGUGGUAAGUUCUUGUUUCCGAGAUACGGUAGAGGGAGAAAUGCAGUUCUCCCAAUAUAAAGAGAACCCAAAAUUUAUCAACCCCAGAAUUUAUCACGGGCGGAACAAAGACUUUCUGAUUUGUUUUGCUUCUGGAUGGAGAAUUUGUGCAUUAUUGCUGAUAUUUGUGGCAGGAACCGAACUUCUACUGCUCUGUACACUGGUUUUGAUUGAUAUACGGGCGUGACAUCUUGCUUGUGAGAUUGAAUUUGAGAGACCUUCUUAUGAUAGAAUAAUCUUUCUCUCUUACACAUACAUUGGGAGAGCUCAGAGAUAAUGUGAUAGACGACAUUGUUCUGCCUUUUCUCUGUAUUUAUAUUUGGUGCUCUGCAAUUUGCAGGCUAACUCUUAAGAACUCCCAUCUUACAGUGCAGAUUGUAUUCCAUCAUGAGAAUAUGUGUGUUUUCUGUUCUUGGAAUGAUGGGGGUCUCUACAAUGCUUUCCCACUUGAUCAAUUGCUCCUUUGCUUACUGUUGUAUAUUGAAACUUUUUUUGCUUAAAAUGACCUGAUACAGAUCAUCGCCCCAA